AGCCGGACAUGAGAAGCUGGCCAGGCCCCACACGAGCUUCGCGGACGCCACGGCUGGGACCCAACCUGGCCCGACGGGACACGUGGCCUGGGGGUCCCUGACGCCCGCCCCGGUGGGAGAGCCAUGCCCCUGCACACCUGGGAUCUCUGGCAGGAGGAGACCUGAAGGGCCAAGAUGUAACCGCACUCCCCGACGCCGCCGGGACCCAGAGCGGGGCGCGUCUCUGCCCUCCCCGACCCCAUCAUAGACCGCCCCGGACCCCGGGGUCCCCGGAUGCCUCGGAGCCGCCCCACAAGCCAUGGCCAAUGGUGUGGGGCUGGGGCUCCCGGACGGGAUGUACCCGUCGUCUCUGCACAGCUCGGUGAGCGAAGCCAGCACCGCCACCCGCUACCUGCUCAGCAAGCACAGCCGCCUGGCCAACGGGCACGCGCGGGGCCUGCGCGCCAGCUCGCCCAUGGGCCGCGUCAUCCUCAUCAACUCGCCCAUCGAAGCCAACAGCGACGAGAGCGACAUAAUUAAUGCCAUCACGGUGGAGAAGAGCGCGGACGGGAAGCUGGGGUUCAGCGUGCGCGGCGGCUCUGAGCACGGCCUGGGCAUCUUCGUUAGCAAGGUCGAGGACGGCAGCGCAGCCGAGCUGGCCGGGCUGUGCGUCGGGGACAAGAUCACGGAGGUGAACAGCAUCAGCCUGGAGAGCAUCACCAUGGGCAGCGCCGUCAAGGUGCUGACGGGCAACAACCGGCUGCGCAUGGUGGUGCGGCGCAUGGGCAAGGUGCCCGGCAUCAAGUUCUCCAAGGAGAAGACGGCCUGGGUGGACGUGGUGAACCGGCGCCUGAUCGUGGAGCGCAGCGGGUCGACGCCGUCCGACAGCAGCUCAGAGGAUGGGCUGCGGCGCAUCGUGCACCUGUACACCACCUCCGACGACUACUGCCUCGGCUUCAACAUCCGCGGCGGCCGCGAGUUCGGCCUGGGCAUCUACGUCUCCAAGGUGGACCCCGGCGGGCUGGCGGAGCAGAACGGCAUCCGCGUGGGAGACCAAGUCCUUGCAGCCAACGGAGUCAAGUUCGAAGACAUCAGCCAUAGCAAGGCAGUGGAAGUGCUAAAGGGGCAGACUCACACCAUGCUCACCAUCAGGGAGACCGGGCGCUUCCCCGCCUACAAGGAGAUGGUGGCCGAGUACUGCUGGCUCAACAGAUUGGCCAACGGGCAGCUGCAGCAGCUGUCCCAGGCCUCGGAGACCAGCUCCUCCGUCUCGUCCUACUCCUCGGGCACGGCCUUCGGCGCCCUCAACGGGCUGGCGGUGCCCGGCCACGUGGACGUGGGCAUCUCCACGGACGAUGGGCCGCAGCGGAGCCGCCGGCGCGAGCGGGAGUGGGCCGAGACGGCCAUCCAGACGGACCCGCCGGGCGCCGAGACGUGGCGCACGGUGCGGCCCCCGGAGCUGCUGCGGGACACGGCCAUCCGGGCCGAGGCCGCCCGCGAGCCCUUCCUGGCCCGGAGGCGCCGGCCCGGCCACGGCCCGGUGGACUCGCCCAAGACGGCCCUGCUGCUGGCGCUCGGCCAGCCCCGCCAGCCCAUCAAGCGCUCCCAGAGUUACCUCACCGUCUGCGGUACGUGCCCGCCGGCCCCUGCGCCCUGCCCUGGCCCCGCUGGGAAGGAGGGAGAGGGCUGUCCAACAUGGCCGCCUCAGGAGAGAGGGCUGGGACGGGGCUGGGGAAUGUCCAAGAUGGCUGCCUAUGAGGGGGUGGGGUGGCCAAGGUGGCUGUCUAACAAGAGGUGUGGCCAAGACGGCGGUUGGGGGAUGGCCAAGAUGGCUGCUCACGGGAAGAGCCCAGCCCAGGUCGCUGCCCCCGCAGAGGAGAAGAGGAAGAAGGAGAAGCCGGCGGGGCCGGGGGACCGGUCCCCGGGGCGCGAGCCCGACAGAGCCAGCCCCGUGCAGAAAUUCGUGAGCCGAAGCCUGAAACGGGGCAGAGGCCCCCGCGCCAGCGUCCUGGGUGCCCCCAGCCCACAGAGCGCAGGCCCUGAGGCCGAGAGCCGCCUGCUCCUCAUCCGCGACAUGGCCACCAAGCUGCUCGGCGAAGACGAGGUGGCCGCUGUGCUGCGCCACUGCACCCAGUACGUCCACGAGGGCUGCGUGGAGGACCUGGUGCGGCCACUUCUGGCCAUCCUGGACCGGCCUGAGAAGCUUCUCCUCCUGCGGGACGUCAGGAGCGUGGUCGCCCCCACCGACCUGGGCCGUUUCGACAGCAUGGUGAUGCCGCUGGAGCUGGAGGCUUACGAUGCCCUGAAGAGCAGAACAGUGAGGUCACCCGCGCUCCGCCCGGCGCAGCACGACGUGCCCCCGCGCCGACACCUCAUCACGCCCGUGCCUGAUUCCCGGGGUGGCUUCCUGCUGCGGUCACUGGACCCGCUGGAGGCGGAGGCAGCGGCACUGCCAGGCGGGCCGGGGGGGCACUACUCGGUGGUGAGCAAGGCUCGCCGCGCGCGGCCCCCGCUAGCCCGGCUGUUCGCCGACGGCAAAGGGGCCCUGGAGCCGGCCCAGAACGGCCCCAGCGAGGUGCCGGAGCCCCAGUACGAGCUGCGCACUGUCCACGUCUCCAAACACAAGCAGUCGCUGGGGAUCAGCAUCUCGGGCGGGAUCGAGUCCAAGCUGCAGCCGAUGGUGAAGAUCGAGAAGAUCUUCCCCGGGGGCGCAGCCUUCCUGAGCGGAGGCCUGCAGGCUGGCUACGAGGUGGUGUCGGCGGACGGCGAGAGCCUGCAGAACGUGACGCACGGGCGUGCCGUGGACAUCAUCCGCCAGGCCUACCGCAACAAGGCGCGCGACCCCAUGCAGCUCGUGGUGAAGGUGCCCAAGGAGCCCGGGGACUGAAGGGCUGGGGGGGCCCCGUCUCCCCCAGCCCCGAACCACGAGGCAACGGCCCGGAGCCGGCUCGACCAGAGCGUGGCCCAGGCAACAAGGGGUCAAAGGCCAGGACUGGGCGUCCACCGUGCCGGAGGACCGAGCGUGUUCCCAGCUCCUCGCUGCGGCGAGUCGUGCCCGGUCUCAGACGCAGCAGGGGCCCGCGACAGCAGGCAGGGGCACAGCGCCCCCCAUGUGCUACGGAGAGGACCCCAGAGAAGCGAGGAUAAAAGCCCUACUACUGCUGCAGUAGACUGAGCCACGUCGGAGGCUGCCGUCUUCCUCGAGCCCAGCCGGACGGGGGUGCCGGGGCUGCCCCCCCACCCCGCCCCGUCAACUCACGACACCGCUCGGGGUACAAACACAGCGGGUUUAUUGGCGCCCUCAGUCUGUACAAACGCGGAUGUGGUCGGGAAUAAAUGUACAAAACCCCAGGCCCGUGGUGCCGGGGGGGUGCUUUGGUCUGAUGCCGGCCCGGGUGGGCACUGCUACGCCAAGGGGGCGGGGAGGAAACCCCCUCCCUGGACUGAGUGGCUCGGGCGGGGGGGAAGGAAAUCAGCCCCUCUCUCAGCCAGAUCCCAGGGGGCUGGAGGGGCAUCUCCCAUGUGCCCGGGGCUGGGGGGACAACCAGGACCCAGUGCCCGCGGGGGCUGGCCCGGCCACCCUCCCAGCCCGGGGGGGUCACACGGGCGGCUUGCCCGACUGGAGCAGAGCUGUGAAAGGCGCCCGAGAGCCGGGGGGAGCCAGGGCGGGUGGGGUGGGAGCAGAGCCCUAUAGUGCAGCCGGUGCCAGGCCUGGGGCGGGGGCGCCGAGCACGGGCUGGGACCCCACCCCACACCCAGGACCGCCCUGAGCA